CCACUCCCUAUCUUGUUAGCGGUGGUAGACAACAAACGAGUGAAGGAGAAGCGAGAAGAAGAAGAAGAAGAAAUGACGAAGAAAGCAUCGCUGGUGUUCGUUCCAGCCCCGGCCGUCGGUCACAUAGUUUCAGCAAUUGAGCUUGCCAAGCUUCUGAUUGCUCGAGAUGAUCGCCUUUCCAUCAUUAUUCUUCUCAUGAAGACUCCUUAUUCCCCCACCUUUAACACUUUCCUCAAAUCGCUUGCCGCUUCCGUCGUCGUCACCGGCAUCCGUUUCGUGGAGUUGCCUCAACUGGAACCUCCUUCACCUGAAAUGGCUCAGUCCAUUGAAGGCAGCGUAUCCAUCUUCAUAGACAACCACAAGCCAUUCGUCAAAGAUGCCAUCACCCAACUCUUCUUCACGUCCGAGUCUCAAACUCAGUCUCCACUCGCCGGGUUAGUUAUCGAUCUCUUCUGCACCUCCAUGAUUGACGUAGCCAACGAACUUGGCAUCCCCUCCUACCUCUUCUUUUCAUCCACUGCAGGUCUUCUGAGUCUCAUGCUUCACCUCCCAAUCCUCGAUACCCAAAUCCACACCGAUUUCAAGGACUCGGAUAUUGAGUUGCUCAUCCCGGGUUUUGUCAACUCAGUUCCCCCACAUGUUUUGCCUAUGCCAAUCUGGUGCAAAGGGCAAGACGGGUACACCUGGUACCUCUACCAUAGCCGGCGGUUCAGUGAAACGAAGGGUAUUAUCGUAAAUACGUUCUCCGAACUCGAACCACAUCUAAUCAGCUUCUUGUCUUCCUCCUCCGGUCGAACCCCACCCGUAUACCCGGUCGGCCCACUACUUGAUCUUCGGGGUCAAAUACACUCGCAAUUAGACCAGACCAACUUCGAGAGAAUCAAUAGAUGGCUCGACGAUCAACCACCGUCUUCGGUGGUGUUGCUGUGCUUCGGCAGCGGUGGGAGCUUCGGUGUACCGCAGGUGAUGGAGAUCGCACAUGGAGUUGAGCGGAGUGGGCACCGAUUCCUAUGGUCUUUGCGUCAGCCGUCUAUAGGGUUUAAUAGUCCCUCGGACUACACGAAUGUGAAGGAAGUGUUACCAGAGGGAUUUUUGGAUCGGACGGCUGAGAGAGGAUUGGUGUGUGGGUGGAUCCCACAAGUGGAUGUGCUGGGACACCGUUCGAUCGGAGGAUUUGUGUCUCACUGCGGGUGGAACUCCACUUUGGAGAGCAUUUGGUUUGGUGUGCCGAUCGCAUGUUGGCCAUUGUAUGCAGAGCAGCAUUUGAAUGCUUUCGAGAUGGUGAAGGAGAUGGGAGGGUUAAUGGUGGAAUUGACGUUGGAUAAUAGGGGAGGAGGUGAUGAUUUAGUGAAAGCAGAGGAGGUGGAGAGAGCUGUGAGGCGUUUGAUGGAUCCCAAAUGUGAGGUAAGGAUGAGGAUCAAGGAGAUGCAGGAGAAGAGUAGGAAGGCUUUGAUGGAUGGUGGAUCUUCGUUCACUUCUUUGGGAUGCUUGAUUAAGGAUAUACUCGAUGAAUGCGUUGAGAAAAUGGAGGGAUCAUAGUGGGAUUUGGUGACAUUGGUUUUUUUUUUUUUUUUUUUUUUUUUUUAACUGGAUGUCUUUGGAUUGAUUUUUGUUUCUAUUUCUAAAGUGUUUGAUAUGAUGCGCAUAUAUACAUGUAUUAAAUUGAACCUAGACAUAAAUAAUACUUUUAUGAAUUCAA